GUUGGCGUCUCAGGUGGGAAAAGAGAUGUCUCGUCCUGCGGAGGCUCGGGGACCGAAGUGAGGGUGGGGGCAGGACUGUGAUCCCGCAGGCAGACAAUGGACUCCAGCAAGCACUGGGGAGAAUGGUUCCUGAACCUGAGGGUGCCCCCCUCCGGGGUGUUCGGCGUGGCUUUCCUGGCCCGGGUCGCCCUGGUGUUCUACGGGCUCUUCCAGGACCGGGCCCUGCUGGUGAGGUACACGGACAUCGACUACCACGUGUUCACGGACGCCGCGCGGUUCGUCACGGAGGGACGCUCCCCGUACCUGCGGGCCACCUACCGCUACACCCCGCUGCUGAGCUGGCUCCUCACUCCCAACGUCUACCUCAGCGAGCUCUUCGGGAAGUUCCUCUUCAUCAGCUGCGACCUCCUCACCGCCUUCCUCCAGUACCGCCUGCUGCUUCUGAAGGGGCUGGGACGUCGCCAGGCCUGCGGCUACUGCGUCUUUUGGCUCCUUAACCCCCUCCCCAUGGCGGUGUCCAGCCGAGGCAACGCGGACUCCAUUGUCGCUUCGCUGGUGCUUUUGGCCCUGUACCUGAUCGAGAAGGGAUUCAUCGCGUGGGCCGCGCUCUUCUAUGGCUUCGCGGUGCACAUGAAGAUGUAUCCCGUGACCUAUGUUCUGCCCAUCGCUCUCCACCUGCUUCCAGAACGCUACAGUGACCAUCGAUUCCGCUAUUCUUUCCAGGCGCGGCUGUAUGAAUUCCUGAAGAGGCUGUGUAAUCGCGCUUUGCUGAUCUUCCUGACGGUUUCUUCCUUCACCUUCUUUGUCCUGACCUUUGGUUUUUACUAUAAAUAUGGCUGGGAGUUUUUGGAGCAUACUUACCUUUAUCACCUGACCAGGCGGGAUAUCCGUCAUAACUUUUCUCCAUACUUCUAUAUGCUGUAUUUGACUGCAGAGAGCAACUGGAGUUUUACUCUGGGAGUCGCUGCCUUCCUGCCCCAGUUCAUCUUGCUUUCAGCGGUGUCUUUCGCCUAUUACAGAGACCUUGUGUUUUGUUCUUUCCUUCAUACAUCUAUUUUUGUGACUUUCAACAAAGUCUGCACCUCUCAGUACUUCCUUUGGUACCUCAGCCUUCUGCCACUAGUGAUGCCACUCGUGAGAAUGCCUUGGAAAAGAGCUGUAGUCCUCCUCCUGUUGUGGUUUAUAGGACAAGCCCUAUGGCUGACCCCUGCAUAUAUUCUUGAGUUUCAAGGACAGAACACCUUUCUGUUUAUUUGGUUAGCUGGUUUGUUCUUCCUUCUUAUUAACUGUUCCAUCCUGAUUCAAAUAAUUGCUCAUUAUAAGGAGGGACCUCUAAUAGAAAGAAUCAAAUAUGAUUAAUGUCUGUUCUGGAUCUUCUGCCACUUCUCUUACAUUCUGUAAGAAGAGAAGUGUUCUGUAUGGACCACAAAAGAACUUUGGGAAUUUUUUUCCUAAACACUAAGCACUCUAGGGAAAGUUCCCUUGUUCCAACAAAAUAAAACCAGUGUUUGCCUUAUACAUAAAGGGGACCCAAUAAUUUAGGUCCACCUUUUAGAAUAUCUUAGUAGUCAUUUACUUGAAAUAUGAUGGGAGGUAAAGGUUACUUGUUUGAAAAUGGAAAGGCUGAUGAAACAAUCAGAUGCUGAAAGACCCUUGUAGAACAGAUGAAUAAAAGUUAAGAGACACAAGUUCUAAGCCAGUAUUUCUUCCAGGUAUACUAGGCCAAUGUUUUAAGCUAUGCCUUCUCUUCAACCCCUCUCCCACCACUUUCUAAUGUUUUCUUGGCAACUGUGAAAAUUCACAAAGUUUUCCUAAAGUACAACUUUUUAAGACAUAAGGUAUUGAAGAAUACUAUCAUACUUAGUUGGGAAAAUUUUGUAUUAAAUGCCAAGGCUUAGAAGAGAAAUAAUCCAAAGAAUUUAAGUUGUAAUUAUGGUUCGUGUAUUGUUUUGUACUCUACUUUUUCAGCACUUAGUCACAGUGUUGUUAGACUACCAUUUGGUUUUAUAUUAAAAAGGAUUAAAUAUAAGUUCA